AUGGUUGAGCCCCACUUAAAAAUUUUACAACCUGUGUAGACCUGAUACCUGACCUUUGCUGAGCUUCAUCACUGCAUAAAGUGCAGAAUAUUUUUGAACUCAAAAACACAGCGUGUAUAUGUUUAAUUUGUUUUACUGGAACAUUUUUAUGGUUUGCACAGUUGUUCAGACACAAAAAAAGCAUAUGACCAGCUUUGUGAAAUUGCUGUGGAGCCAUUUUUCGUCGAACUACAGCGCUGCAGAAUAAGUUAAACUGCAGCAAUUUUUACUACUAAACUAAUAUAAAACAAUAAAUAAUAUAUAUAUACAUAUAAAGUAUUUAUUUAUUUAAAAGAGGUCAUAUAAAGCGAUGCAAAAUCUAAAAUUUUGUACUUUUAUAAUAAAAACUCUGGCAAUAUAUGAGUAAACAUGGUUCAGCACGGUCACGAGCUUCGUGAACUGCGCGUGAACUGGCGAAUCGUGAGCGCGCAAGAGCUGCAAUGGCCGCUUUGGAUCGGCGAAAUCCUAAUCUCGACGAUUUUGUCGGAUUAAACUGGAGCUGUUGGGUAGACAGAGUGAAUGUUUUAUCAUCUGACGCUGGGUCUAAGGUUGAAGAUGACGAGUAUGGGAUGAACUGCUCAGAGACCAUGACGCUCGGAAAAGAAGAUAUGCACAUAUAUGGCCACUGCCCAGCACACGAUGAUUUUUAUUUGGUGGUGUGCAGCCAGUGUGGUCAGGUGGUGAAACCUCAAGCUUUUGAGAGGCACUGUGAAAGGUUGCAUGGUUCUGUUACGAAGAUAUGUAACCCGCCAUCCGCUCUGGCGCCUCAGCAGCUAAAUUGCUCCAGCCUCGGUCUUUCUAAUAAUUCUUCCUCUAUGGAAAGGAAGAAGGAAGGCAGAUGUCAAAAGGGCGGCACCUCAUCUGCAACCUCACCUGCCCAACAGCACAAGUCUACAAAGCCCCACAAAUAUAUAGUGAGUUUAUCUUCUGUGAAGUUCCCCGAGGAAAACCCUCACUCGUCCUCCAUGCCUUGCCUUCCUCCAUUCCAUUCAGCACCCCUGCCCCCUGACGACUGUUCCACCUCCACUCUGUUAGAGAAAUCCUCUGUGCAGAAGUUGACAGCUGGACAGUCCACUGAGUCUCACUGUCCUCAGCGGGGCAUAAGAACCUACAGCCGGAUUUACAAAAACAUCCACAAAAAAGAAUGUGAUCUGAAUAAACACGGCAGAGUUUUGGACCCCGAAAGGAAGACGCUGUGCAACAGGGAGCUAAUGUGCAAUGCUGAUUCAGUCAAGCAUCAGCAGAAAGUGUUGGGAGAGACUAAGACCACUGAUCAGAGAACUACCUCAGCUACAGAUCAAGAUAUGGAGAAGCUUCGUGAUGAAUCAAAAUACAAAAAGAAACAUGUGGAAGCUGACGGGGAAAAAAUAACAAAUAAAGACAGCAACAACUGCCACAUUCAAGGGUCCAGGAAUCCACCAGGAAGCUCUCCCGAGGAGGAGGGUAACGGCACUGUGGAAGCGGAAGUGCAACCUCCGUACCCGUUCACCUGGUCAAGUGACGACAGUGAAGAAGAUGAGCAGGAUGAAGCCACAGACCUACCUGCUACACCCUGGCACCCCAAACCUCUUGGGCUAUGCACUUUUGGAUGUCGCACGCUCGGUUGCAGCAUCUUCACAUUUGAUCGGCGUUUGCACCACCUGCGCUUUGCACUCAGUGCCAUGUUGGAGCGCCAUGUCAGCACACACUUGUGGAAGAAAAUGCCUAAAGUAUCAUCAGGUCUCAGGUCACACUCCCACAGCCUUGAGUCUACCUCACUGGUACAGUUUGAAAACAAUCCUUGUCAGCCAAACUCUUACAGUAUUAAACCGCCUUAUCCUACCACGUCUGCAAGUGUCGGGUCAGGGAGAGUGUGUAGUCCCAGCAAAGCUCAGCUUAUAGAGGUGGAACUUAUGCAAGAUGCAAGCGCAGCACAGAAAGCUGUCAAGAAGUUACAAAGCAGUGAGAUCAAAGCCUCCAGAUACAUCAGGGAUCCCUUAUUUCAUCAGAAGGGCCAGCCUCAGCGACCAGACAGUGCUACCUUCUCAAAUGGAAAAAAGCCACGAGAGUCUACGAAGAGACAGUCAGAUGUGAAGAAGUGUCGACCUUUGCCUGUACCAAAUCACCGCUCUCCCCGCAGCAAAGGGAAGCUCCCAGGCGAUCAGCAGAAAGUGGUGGCCUAUGACCACAUGAGUGUUGCUCAGAAACGCAAAAGCAGCAGCGAGUUGCUAACCUGAACUUCUUCACUUUCAACAGUCUCUAAGUUGAAAUGUUUGUCCCAUUCUUCCUGCUCCAGCUUUGCCUUCUGGAAGGGAGAAAAUAUCCAACAUGUACUUACAUAAAGGUUUGACAAAAAGCUCGACCCCUAAACACAGUAUUGCUUUUAUCUUAUAUUCUGAAUCCAUUCCUCUUUUUUUAUUUUAAAGUCAUGAAUGGACAGUACGUCUUCUUCAUUUUAAUUUGAAUGUGAUGUAACAACAGUAAACGUGUUUGGUAAGUGACAGUUGCUGUUUACAUCUCAGCUUUUCAGCCAAACAAGAGGCCAGUCUUAAAACGACCACUUGGAGAUGAAGCGGUGCAGGACAGCUGGUACCAGCAUAGUAUGAGUGUGUGAAUGUGUGUGUGGUUUUUGUCUUUUGUGUAUAUUUGUCUUCAGGUUUUUAUGCAAAGAUUUCAGGAACAAGUGUUUGUAUUGACAUAUUUGUAAUUCUUAUUGCUAAAUUUAUAAAAACUGUUUAAGAACAUAAGUAUACCUCAGUCUGUUCAUAAUGCUGCUAAAGUUACUAAGUUUUUUUGUUGCAGAACAAUUAAAGUCUUGCAUUACUCUUGCUCUCUGAUUUUCAUUAUUUCACAGCGGUUCUGUACAGAUGAGUCAUUAAAGACUAAUGACUAAAACUUAUUUUGAUAAAUUGAAAUCCACUCAAUUCAUAAAAGCGAUUGCAUCUACUCGUCCGAUAAUUUUUCAUCUUUAAACACCAGAUGGUGCUAUAUAUGCAUCUGGAAAAUGCACUGCUUUUUCUCUAACGAUGUAAACGACAUUGAUCUCAAGCCACCUCCCAUUUCUUUAUAUUUUGUUUCCAAGGAGCCAGACUCUUAUAAUUUGUUGUUCAUCAGUGGUUCUCCAGGCUUUCUGAAGGUCUUUCAAAGAGGACUUUUUUAUUUGUGAAGCUAUUUAAAAUAUUCAAGUGUUAAAAGACAGCUAACUCAAGGGAUAGAGCUGUGUUGAGUCUACAUGUAACGGAUAACUUGGCAAAGAACCAAUUUUAGAUUAUAUCUUUGGACACUUUGUUACUAGCAGACUGUUGCAAAAACACUUUCAUUCCCAUUUAUCAGCUAGUAGCUGAAGACUUGGCACAUCUCAGCAGGAUGUGCAGUGUGUCCUUAAAAAACUGAGUCUAGACAAGUGGAGGAAAAAAAGAAAAUGUGCUGGGCCUAAAAACGAUUUUCAACCAACGAACAGUACCUGAAAGUCAUGUUUUCAAGAAAAUGGAAAAAAUAGGACUUGGGUGAUGGCCCUUUAGUUGAUCCUUCAACCAAGUUUCCGGAAGUCUCGUCAGAUAUGAUCUCAGUG